AUGGCCGCCGCAGGCGUGGAGCGGCGCCUGGGCAGCCUCACCGUCUUCAGCCGCGACGACUUUGAGGGCGAAUGGCGCCAAGUGGCUAGUGGCGGCUUCGGCCAAGUGUUCCAGGCGCGGCACAAGCGCUGGCGAACCGAGUACGCCAUCAAGUGUCCCCCCUGCCUCCUGCCGGACGCCACCAGCUCUGAUGUGAAUUGUCUUAUUGAAGAAGCAGCCAAAAUGGAGAAGAUCAAGUUUCAACACAUCGUCCCCAUCUAUGGGGUGUGCAAGCAGCCCCUGGGCAUUGUGAUGGAGUUCAUGGCCAACGGCUCCUUGGAGAAGAUGCUGCCCACCCACAGCCUCUGCUGGCAGCUCAAGUUCCGCAUCAUCCACGAGACCAGCCUAGCCAUGAACUUCCUUCAUAGCAUUAAGCCAUCUCUGCUGCAUCUGGACCUCAAACCAGGCAACAUCCUCCUGGACAGCAACAUGCAUGUCAAGAUUUCAGACUUUGGCCUGUCCAAAUGGAUGGAACAGUCGACCCGGAUGCAGUACAUCGAGAGGUCAGCUCUGCGGGGCACCCUAAGCUACAUUCCCCCUGAAAUGUUUCUGGAGAGUUACAAGGCCCCAGGCCCCAAAUACGAUGUGUACAGCUUCGGGAUUGUCAUUUGGGAGAUCCUCACUCAGAAGAAACCAUAUUCAGGCUUCAGCAUGAUGACCGUCAUCGUCCGAGUGAUCGCGGGCAUGCGACCCUCCCUGCAGCUCAUCUCAGAUGAGUGGCCGGGUGAGGCCCAGCAGAUGGUGGAUCUGAUGAAACGCUGUUGGGACCAGGACCCCAAGAAGAGGCCGUGCUUCCCAGACAUCACAGUGGAGACAGACAUGCUGCUGUCCCUGCUCCAGAGUCCUGUUGCAGACCCGGAGAGUGAGGCCCUGGCCCGGAAGGUGUCCUGCAAGCCGUCGCUGCAGCAGACCCUGGAGGUCAAUGAGGAAGUCAGUCCGGAGCUAACGGACAAUGACUCGGGAAGCUACUUGAAGCAGGUCCUGCAGCUUUCGGACAGUGAGAGCUUGGUCCCCAGCGAUGAGGAACUGCGUAUCUCUGAGAACAAGGUCACACCCCUCCACCUUCUGGUGGCGCAGGGCAGCAUGGAGCAGGUGAGGCUGCUGCUGGCCCACGAGGUGGAUGUGGACUGCCAGACAGCCAGCAGCUGCACGCCCCUCCUCAUCGCCGAGCAGGACCAGCAACCUGACCUCUGUGCCCUGCUCCUGGAGCACGGCACAGAUGCCAACCUGGUGGACGAGGAUGGCUGGACCCCGCUGCUCUUUGCAGCCCAGAAUGGGGAUGACCGGACUGCCCGCCUGCUCCUGGACCAUGGGGCCUGCACGGAUGCCCAGGAGCACGAAGGGUGGACCCCGUUGCACUUGGCUGUGCAGAACAACUUCGAGAAUGUGGCCCGGCUCCUGGUCUCCCGUCAAGCUGACCCCAACCUGUGUGAGGCUGAAGGCAAGACCCCCCUCCAUGUGGCAGCCUACUUUGGCCACGUCAGCCUGGUCAAGCUGCUGACGGGCCAGGGGGCUGAGUUGGAUGCUCGGCAGAGAAGCCUGAGGACACCGCUCCACCUGGCGGUGGAUUGGGACAAAGUGAGAGCCAUCCAACACCUGCUGAAGAUGGGGGUGGCCCCUGAUGCCCUCCAUCAGGGUGGCUACGGCCCACCGCACAUCGCGGUCGCCAGGGGCAAGUACCUUAUCUGCAAGAUGCUGCUUAGGUACGGGGCCAGCACCGAGCUGCCCACCCAGCAGUGCUGGACGCCCCUGCACCUAGCAGCCUACAAGGGCCACCUGGAGAUCAUCCAUCUCCUAGCAGAGAGCCAUGCAGACUUGGGUGCUCACGGAGACAUGAACCGGACCCCCCUGCACCUGGCGGCCCGCCACGGGGAGGAGGUGGUGGUGUCAACCCUACUGUGGUGUGGAGCUGACCUCAGUGCUGCCGAACAGUCUGGCUGGACACCGCUCCACCUGGCAGUCCAAAGAGGCGCCUUCCUGAGCAUCAUCAACCUCCUGGAGCAUGGCACGGACGUUCACGCCUGCAACAGGGUGGGCUGGACAGCUGCCCAUCUGGCUGCCCUCAAGGGCAACAUGGCCAUCCUGAAAGUGCUGGUCAAGGCCGGCGCCCAACUGGACAUCCAGGAUGGGGUGGGCUGCACACCUCUGCAGCUGGCCCUCCGGAGCCAAAAGCAGGGCAUCAUAGCCUUCCUAGAGAGCAAGGAGCCCGCAGUGCCCAUUCUGGGUGGUGGAAAGCCUGAGGCCCAGGCGGAGGUUUAG